GGCCUCCGUAGUGCGCCCAAAUGAACUGCCCAGCGACACGUUUAAGAGUGAUGACAUCAGAGUGCGCCUCCGUCGCCUCCGCCAUAGCCAUGAACAGCGUCGGGGAGGCUUGCACCGACAUGAAGCGCGAGUAUGACCAGUGCUUCAAUCGCUGGUUUGCCGAAAAGUUCCUCAAGGGAGACGGCUCCGGGGACCCGUGCACCGACCUCUUCAAACGCUACCAGCAGUGCGUGCAGAAAGCAAUAAAAGAGAAAGAGAUUCCUAUUGAAGGACUGGAGUUCAUGGGCCAUGGCAAAGAAAAGCCUGAAAACUCUUCUUGAUAUUAACUGUCACCUUGAAAAUGGAUUCCUAUAUCAGGAAAUUGAGGACUCUGGAUUUUGUCAACUAAGGCUGUGAAGAUAGCUGUAGGAUUCAAUGAAUAUAGGAGGAAAUUAUUUUAUUUCUUCUCUAUUGAUGUUUUCCUCUCACUUGUAAAAGAUGAUGAACCACCACUCUGCUUUGAGAUGAUUUCUUACUUGAUCUGGCAUCUUCCAGAACCUCAGUGGGCUAAAACUGAACAGUUUCUUGGGAUUAUGGUUGCAAUACCUGGUCUGAAAUCAGCUUUAAAUAUAUCUUGUAUAUAAAUUAUUGAUAAACUAGUCAAGAUGAGCAGGGUUGCCUGACUUCUUGGUUUUGCUGCAAAGGACAUUAGCUACAUUGUACUGAGGUCGUUGUUCAUGAAAACAAUUGGUUAGGACUUCUUUCUUCUCUCAGGGAGCUAAUGCUUUAAAAAAGGAAUCCAGGCACAACAGUUUCAUCCAGUUUAUUUUUAUAACAGUUGAAAAAGAUUGCUGGUGGCCUGGGUAAGCAAAGAGGAAGACAUUCUUUAACAGACAGUUCCCUGCCUUAAUAAGAGGUGUCCAAUUAAGACAUGAAAGCUUCAAGAAUGUUAAAACGAACACCAUUUCAGAGCUCACAGCAUAGUUCUGGAACUACGUUACUUGGAGUUGCUAUGGCAAAAGAAUCCAAACUACAAAAAUUUGUUAUUGCCAGUUAUCAACCCAAGUUAAUGAAUUAAGUCAACCUGCAUAUCAUAAAAAUGUCAAAAUGCUGCAUCUGGUUAAAUGGAGGGGAAAGGUGCUUUCUUCAUUUGCCUUGUUUGCCCACCCUGCCCUAUAUAUUAUGUCUGUAAUCAUGAUGAUGAAAUAAAUUUUAACAUUUAGUUUUUAUCAUUA